AUGAAAUCGGUUUUCGUUCCCGAAAUGGAGAGCGUGAUGCGCAGCGGCCGCAAGGUCAAGCACAGCAAGCUCGCGGAGAAGCUCGAGACGAUGCUCUCGACGCCCGAAGCCUUCGGCGUGAAAUACCCGGCCAGUCUGCUGGACAUCUGCCACCAGCCCAUCAUCCAAUCGGGCGGAAGCUACUCGCUGAAGCCCUCCGCGAUCUCCGACGACCAUCCUCUCUCGCAGGACAUCAUCAUCUGCUCGGUGGGCGUGCGCUACGCGAGCUACUGCGCCGCGCUCGCACGAACCUUCUUCAUUAAUCCCUCGCUGUUCCAGCAGAAGUGCUACGCCGCGCUGACCGAGGUGGAGUCGGCGGUGAUCAAGCGGCUGGUUCCGGGAGCGGUGCUAGGCGAGGUGUACGACUACGCGGUAGCGCUGCUGAACGAGAAGGCGCCGUUCUUGCUGCCGCACUUUAUGAAGGAGUGCGGUACGGGAAUCGGCUUGGAGUUCCGCGAGAGUUCGCUGCGAAUUCGAAGUGGAAACAAGGAGGAAGUGAAAGUGGGGAUGUGCUUCAAUGUUCGAUUGGGCGUGGAGGACGUCGCGAACAAGGUGAAGGACACGGAGGUGAACGUGAACGAUCUGAAGACCUUCUCGAUUCUCCUCUCCGAUACGGUGAUUGUGGGCGAGCCCGAGCAGACGCCGUUCUCCGGCUUUUCGUCGUCCAAUCGCGUGGUGACGAACUUCAGCACGGAGUGGUCGAACGUGUCGUUCGAUCUGGACGAUGAGAGCGACGACGCCACCAACGAAGACGCGGUCAUUCAGUCGAUCGCCGAGUCCGGCCGUCGUGUAACGCGCGGAAUGAUUCGGCAAGAGCAGCUCCGUUCCGAGCAACGCGAAAUGGAAGAGAGCGCGCUGACGCUGCGGAACAAGCACCAGCGCAAGCUGCUCUUAGAGCUGCAGGCGCGUCACUUGGGUUCGGUUCGCAAUGAGGAGACGAACGAGAAGAAAAAGGUGGAGGUGGAGGACAUCCAGGCCUUCCCUUCGCCCGCGCAAUACCCUCCCGAGAUGCGACGCGACCAGAUUUAUGUGGACACGGAGAACGAAGUGCUGUUCCUGCCGAUCCACGGCGUUCCGGUGCCGUUCAGCGUGCAUACGGUGCGAACCGUAUCGAUGACGGAGGAAGGCGGGUACGGGUAUUUCCGCAUCAACUUCCACACGCCGCAGAACAAGAGCGGAAAGGAUAUGAACGCGACGAUGCUGAAGGCGAUCGAGAAGUUCCCGGCCGCGACGUACAUCCGGAACCUGACGUUCCGCUCGCGCGAUGUGACCAACAUGAACGUGCAGGUGAAGCGGAUCAAGAACGUGAUGAAGCAGCGUCGGCAGAAGGACAAGUACAACGAGGAAGCGGCAGACAUCAUCGAGCAGGACCAGCUGCAGCUUCAGACGCACGCGCGUGUUCCUUCGCUGACCGGAAUCGAUAUGCGACCCGCGUAUGGAAAGACGAAGGGAAGAUUGGAGGCGCAUGUGAAUGGAUUCCGCUAUCUCACGCAGCGCAAUGAAACGCUGGACAUCCUCUACAAGAACAUCAAGCACGCGAUUUUCCAGCCGUGCGACCGCACUCGGUUCGUGAUUCUCCAUUUUCACUUACUGAAUCCGAUCAUGAUUGGGCGUAAGAAGUGCAAAGACGUGCAGUUCUUCACGGAGGUCAUCGACGCGAGUCGCAACCUCGCCGGCAUCACCACGAACGCGUACGACCCCGAGGAAAUCCAAGAGGAGCAGCGCGAACGCGAGACGAUGCGCCGUCUGAACGAGGCGUUCCGCCAUUUCACGCAGCAGUGCGACAAGAUCGAAUUCGAUAUGCCGUAUAUGCGCUCUUCGUUUAUGGGCCGGCCCUUCAAAGAAAUGGUGCUGCUGUCUCCGUGUCGCGACUGUCUCAUCAACAUCACCGAGCAGCCCUGUCUGGUUGUGACGCUGGAUGAAAUCGAGCACGUGCACUUCCAGCGAGUCACGUUCCGAACUUCCACCGCCGAUAUGAUUCUGAUCUUCAAGGAUUACAAGCGGCCCGCGGUGGAGAUCGACGCGGUGAAGGUGUCGGACAUGGACAAGAUCAAAGAGUGGCUGGACUCCAUCAACAUCACGUUCACGGAGUCGGCGACUUGUUACAACUGGAAGGAGUUUAUGAACGCGGUGCGCGACUAUGAUCGCUUCUGGAUGGACACGGAUGAGGACGGACAGAAGAAGCCGAUCGGAUGGGAGACGCUGACGGAGGACGCGGUGGAGGAGGAAGCGAACGGAGCGGAGGAAGGAAGCGACUUCUCGGAGGAUUUGAAUCCUUCAGAUUUGGAGGACGACGAUGACGACGAGGAUAUGGACGAGGAUGUCGAUGAGGAGGAGCCAGAAGAAGGAAACGAGGAGAAUUCGGAGGAUGAUUAUGACGACGAUGUUAUGGAUCUUAGCGAUAUGUAA